AGAUGAAUCCAUUGACAGAACGAUGCUAUUACGUGUGAUUUCAAUCUUGAUGCAAAGGCUUCAAUAUAUGCUUAAUGAUAAACGAGAUAUACCCGAUAAAGAGAAAUAUCAAUGUUUCAAGAACCAUACCUUAGAAGAUAUAAAAAUCUUAGUUAAAACGUCCGCUAAUACCAAUGAAUCUACUAUUGUAAAUGGAACCAACUACACCGUUGGGACAGAGACAAAAAAAGCCAACAUGAGAAGUAUCAAAAACUGACUAGUGACAGUCCCAUUAUCAGACCAAAGUUACGAGGUGACGAAGACAGUCAGUUUAAAACGCUUUCAAUCAUUGAUACCGAUCACACAACUGAUGCUAAUAAUGACUCCGUAUCUAAGUUGAAAAAAGGUGAAGAAGGUCAGCUUGAGACGCCCUCGGUCACUUGUCACCCAACUGAUGCUAAGAAUGACUCGCUAUUCAAGUUAAAAGAAGGUGAAGAGAAUCAACUUGAUGCUAAGAUUGACUGGCAAUCUAAGUUGGAUGACAGUGAAGAGACACAACCUGAGAGGCCGCCAAUCCCCGUCAACCAAAGUUAUGCCAAAAAUGACUCACUAUCCAAGUUAGAUAAAUGUGAAGAGAAACAAUCUGAGACUCCCUCACUCACUGAUCGCUCAACUGACGCUAAGAAUGACUCAUUAUCCAAGUUGAAUGACGGUGAAGAUAAUCAAACUGAGACAUCCUCUGAUCUUUCAAAAGCGUGUAAGGUUGGUUCAGUAUCCAAGUCGGAGGAAGGCGAAGAUUGUGAAUAUAUGCCUUCCAUCAUCGAUAACUCACCUGAUACUGGGGAUGACGCGGAACGUUGGACGCCCCCUCUGUCCAAUAACUUGAAUAAUUUGAUGGGACGUAACACACUACCCAAUUGGAAUGAAGAGAGAAAAAGCCACCACGAGAAAAUUCGAAAAUCAACUAACAUUCCUAUAAUCAGUUUGAAAUUGGGCAUUGAUGUAUUGCUUUCUUGGAUAUUUUUUAUGUUGUUAGCCGACAUUGGUAUUGCCAGUGCGAAACCCGGAUUCACCUUCGAACCACCACCGACCCAUCUUGCCACAGAAGGGGAAAGUGUGUCACUUGACUGUAUCGUAAAUACAGAAGCAAAAUCGUAUAAAGUCGUUUGGACAAAAGACUCGAAAUGUAUAGAUAAUCCAGCGUACUUUGAUCCAAAUCGCUUCAUUGAAACAAAGGUUGACGAUCGGCAUUACAAGUUAAAAAUACAUCCGUUGAAGAGGGAAGAUGAAGGUGCAUACAAAUGCGUUGGUCUAUCCCAGGACAUGGUAGGUAAAGCUAUAUUCUCCUCUGGCUGUCAGUUGCGUGUGAUGAAGGUCCCUGGUCCUCAAUACCCAGAGGUAUUUCUGUCAAAGAGUCAGUAUAGUAUUGGUGACGAUAUUGUUGCUCACUGUUUCAGCGAGCGCGUUGACCAACCACCAACGAUAACCUGGAUUCCUAAUUCUGUAUCAACUGAGCCAUUUGAGAAUAGUUCUCAUGUCGGUGUAUCUACCCACCUUGAAGCAAGUAAAGAAGUCAAUCAAACGACCCUCCUUUGCAAAAUGAUCGUACAUGGUGUGGAAGUACCACUAUUCAAAGUAUCUGUGCCGAUUGUAGUAAAACCUUUCUUAGAAGAAGUUGUUAUAAAUAGCUCUAAAAGCACACUCACAGCUGCAGUCUCAGCCCAUACCUUUGCAGAUAGCACCAUGAAACCUACAUUUGGUUCAGGAGGGGAAAUUCAACAUGCAUCAUUAAUAACAAUAUUUACAUGUUUGGUUGUGAUUUUAGCACUGCUUAAAUAGCAAUACAAUAACACUAAAAUAACAUAAGCAAGUACCUGUAGUCAUAUGUAACCACAAGGAAUACGGGAACCAGUAUACAUAGAGCCAUCUUCCAUUAAAUUAAUAAUUUAACUGUUUUCCUCAUUAAGAGUGACAGUUAUUGUGACCACCACCAAGGUCCUAUGGAUCUAUACCCACAUUCCUUUUAUACUUGUCACAUCUCCAGCGCAUCGAUAAGAGCUAUAUUCAAUUUUCUUUGUUUAUUAAUUCACAUUUAUGUUUAAUCCGGACUGUACGACUGGCUCUUUUAGGUAAGAUUUGUAUUUUAAUUAUUGUUUAACUUUUAGUUUAAUUAAAAGUAUUUUUAUGUUAUUAUUAGACAAAACGGAUUAGUAUACUGUAGAUGUAUAAUACUAUACUUUACUGUGUUUUAGUUAUACAGUUAAUAGCCCUUUGCUUAGGCAAAAGGCCAAGAGAAGGAAAAUGUUGAAGGACGUUUUAGGCAAAAGCAGUUAUGUUGUGCUUGGCUACUGUAAACCCGUAAAAAAUUCACGCAUGAAACUCUCAAUAGCAUUUCUAGUGUUCUAGGAUUGGAUUAUUUCAUCAUAAAACAAGCACAGGAGCAUAUAAGUAUAUAACACCAAUAGAGAAUUUCAUAAUAAUCCUUAAGUAUUUCUGCUGGUUUCCAAAGGGGUUCUUGUGAAUCAUUAAUAAACAAUAUGACAAAUUACAUAAAUACAUUAAGAAACCUAUAAUAAAUAGAAACAUUUCAUUUGUUUAAACAAAUUUUAAAAUGUUCAAUGAACAACGAUAAUAAAGAUAUUGCGCCAUAGCCGUCUGAUGCAUUCAGUAUUGGUAGUCCGGCCAUUAUAAGAGCAGGUUAUCACUAGGAAUGAACUAACAGAAACGGAGAUGGGUAGGGGUGGGCUUUUUUAUUUUUAGAUAUUCAGAAAUGUGCUCUUCCCCUAUUGCUGUGACAGCGCUGUGUUAGAUCAGCAGCUACAAAGUCUCCGCUGUUUGUUCAUUUAUGUCCUACGAGUGUUCGCUUGCUUUUCCAUUCCUGACAUUGAGUAUUGCUUUCUUUUUUAAUGCUGCAGUGCUUGUGUUUUUUUUCUAUUUUUGCACAUUUUAUUCACUUUUUUCUUGUCUUUUUGCCCUGUGACUGAUCUAGGCCCAGCCUGAUUAUUAGCUUGUGAGUUUCCAAGCACCUUUGGUUACCUUUGGCUCUCUACUAUUGCUGUAUUGUUGCUUUUUUGGUUGGCCUAGCUAUCUUGCUGGUCAAGCCUUUUGAUAUGCAAAUUGAUCAUUGUUCUAUUGUGAGUGUGUGUGUGCUUUAUUGGUAGCUGUGUACCUGUUGCUAUUGUUUUACCAUGGUUCUACAAUACAACUUCUCUCUGCUCUUUUCACUUAGAAAACUUGCUUCUAAAGUUAUACCUGGUUUUUCAGUUUUAACAUCUAGUGGACUACUUCAGAUGCGAGGCAGACGUGCUGGCGCUCGUUCACACAGGUCAUUUGCUCGGCAACAGGUAGAUAAUAACCUUUUUCAUUCAUAUGGUAGCAAUCAUGCUCUGCCCAGCUCCAUUCUCAACCAUUCAAGUGUUGAGAAACUAACUGUUAGGCAUUGGAAUGCUCACUCUGUCUGCAAUAAAACAUGGUACGUAUGUAUGUGAAUACAUUAUCGAAAAUUCUAUUGAUCUUAUGUUUCUUACUGAAACUUGGCUUGCCAAGGAUGACAUGACUAAAAUCGGUGAGCUGACUCCCCCUCGCUACACCUUCAUAAAUAUUCCCCGCUAUUCACACACACAUGUUCAUCAUGGUGGUAUUUGUAUUCUUUUCGGAAAUACCCUUAAACUCCAACCUGUUGAUAUUGACAUCACACACAUCAUAACUUCAUUUGAGUAUGCAGCCAUUUCAAAUGUUUCGAGGUCAUUUUUCUUUGUUGUUAUUUACAUGCCUCCUCCAUCUGCAAGCAAGGAAUGGAUUACUCACCUCUGUGUUUCUCAGAGAAUUCGAUGAGUUUAUUGACACUGUCCAUUUGCUGCCCGGGAAACUUUUUAAUGUGGGGGAUCUGAAUGUUCACUUUGAUCUUCCGUCUAAACCUGAUGUUGCUCCUGUACUGGCAUCUCACUCCUCUUCUGAUCUUGUCCAGCUUGUGACCAAACCCACACAAGUACAUGGACACAUACUUGAUCCACUUAUUACCAGAUCUGUGGAUACGUUUAUUAUUGAUCAUAGCAUACACUGUAACCACCAUUUAGACCAUGCUGUUGUCUGUGCUAACAUUGCUCUCGGCAGGCCUAAAUGUACGUUCCAAGGACUGUUGAUAGACCUUAUGGUAACAUUACCCAUGGUGAGUUUGG